UCCAGGACCUGCCAGGAACGAGCCCCGCGGCCUCACUUCGCCUCCUCCGAAGGCUGCCCCGGCCUCGGGGCCGCGCUCUCCCCUCCCCGGACGCAGCCCUUGUGCCUCCUGCCCCCGGGAUGGCAGUCUCCGGGGACUGUCGCUGAGCUCAUCCCCGCGGGGCCACUGGUCGGCUUCCCGCCGCACUCCGUGGCGCUGACUUUCGCCAACUUAAGGCUGCAUCUUUAUUUUUCUUUUAAGUCCUUGGAAACUUCCAACGAUCGGCGUUGGGCAAUUUUUGUCCCGGAUUUGACCUAAAGGGAGGCUUGGAGGAGGCAGUUGGGUGAGAUCCCCUAUUCCUGGAGCGACCCGGCCGCAGCCUCAGCUCCAGCCCAGGACCGUCCUCUCUGUGCCCGGCUGUGGACACCUGGCUCCGGGAGCAAAGUCUGAAAUGGAUGUUACAUGAAUCACUUCAAGGGCCGCGCGCACGACUAGGAUCGUUUUGGAGCCUUUUUCUCAGUAAAGUAGAUCACGAUGGAUGAGUCCGCCUUGUUGGACCUUUUGGAGUGCCCGGUGUGUCUCGAACGCCUGGAUGCCUCGGCCAAGGUCUUACCUUGCCAGCACACGUUUUGCAAACGAUGUUUGCUGGGGAUUGUGGGUUCCCGGAAUGAACUCAGAUGUCCCGAGUGCAGGACUCUUGUGGGCUCUGGUGUGGACGAGCUUCCCAGUAACAUCUUACUGGUCAGACUUCUGGAUGGCAUCAAGCAGAGGCCUUGGAAACCUGGCCCUGGUGGGGGUAGUGUGACCAACUGCACAAAUGCAUUAAGAGCUCAGGGCAGCACGGUGGCUACUUGUGGCACAAAAGAUCUGCAGAGCUCCCAGUGUGGACAGCAGCCUCGUGUGCAAGCCUGGAGCCCCCCAGUGAGGGGUAUACCUCAGUUACCAUGUGCCAAAGCAUUAUAUAACUACGAAGGAAAAGAGCCUGGAGACCUGAAGUUCAGCAAAGGCGACAUCAUCAUUUUGCGCAGACAAGUGGACGAAAACUGGUACCACGGGGAGGUCAACGGGGUCCACGGCUUUUUCCCCACCAACUUUGUGCAGAUCCUCAAACCUUUACCUCAGCCCCCGCCCCAGUGCAAAGCACUUUAUGACUUCGAAGUGAAAGACAAGGAAGCUGACAAGGACUGCCUCCCCUUCGCAAAGGAUGACGUACUGACUGUGAUCCGCCGAGUGGACGAAAACUGGGCUGAGGGAAUGCUGGCAGAUAAAAUAGGAAUAUUUCCAAUUUCGUAUGUUGAGUUUAACUCCGCUGCCAAGCAGCUGAUAGAGUGGGAUAAGCCUCCGGUGCCGGGAGUCGACCCCACAGAAUGCCCGUCGGCGACAGCAGCGCAGAACAGCAGCUCUGCCCCAAAGCACCCGGACACCAAGAAGAACACCAGGAAGCGACACUCCUUCACCUCCCUCACCAUGGCCAACAAGUCUUCCCAGGCGUCCCAGAACCGCCACUCCAUGGAGAUCAGCCCUCCUGUGCUCAUCAGUUCCAGCAACCCCACAGCCGCGGCUCGCAUCAGCGAACUGUCCGGGCUCUCCUGCAGCGCCCCGUCUCAGGUUCACAUAAGCACCACGGGGUUAAUUGUGACUCCACCCCCAAGCAGCCCUGUGACAACUGGCCCUUCGUUCACGUUCCCGUCAGAAGUCUCCUACCAAGCUGCCCUUGGGACUAUGAAUCCUCCUCUUCCCCCACCCCCUCUCCUGGCUGCCACUGUCCUCGCCUCCACGUCGCCAGGCGCCUCUGCUGCUGCUGUUGCUGCUGCUGCUGCUGCUGCUGCUGGAGUGGGACCCAGGCCUGUGGCGGGAUCCACUGACCAGAUCGCACAUUUACGGCCUCAGACUCGCCCCAGCGUAUAUAUUGCUAUAUACCCAUACACUCCCCGGAAAGAAGACGAACUGGAGUUGAGAAAAGGAGAGAUGUUUUUGGUAUUCGAGCGUUGCCAGGAUGGCUGGUUCAAAGGGACAUCAAUGCACACCAGCAAGAUAGGUGUUUUCCCUGGCAACUACGUGGCACCCGUCACAAGGACAGUGACAAACGUCUCCCAAGCUAAAGUCCCUAUGUCUACUGCGGGCCAGGCGAGCCGGGGGGUGACUAUGGUCAGCCCUUCUGCUGCGGGAGGGUCUACCCAGAAGCUCCAAGGAAAUGGGGUGGCUGGGAACCCCAGCGUGGUCCCCACAGCUGUGGUGUCGGCAGCACACAUCCAGACGAGUCCUCAGGCCAAGGUCCUGCUGCACAUGACCGGCCAGAUGACCGUCAACCAGGCCCGCAAUGCCGUGAGGACAGUCACAGCCCACAACCAGGAACGCCCCACAGCAGCAGUGACACCCAUCCAGGUCCAGAAUGCCGCCUGCCUCGGCCCUGCAUCCGUGGGCCUGCCCCACCACUCACUGGCCUCCCAACCCCUGCCUCCGCUGGCAGGCCCUGCUGCCCACGUUGCUGCUAUCGGCGUCAACCGAACCAGUGCUCCCCUGGCCUGCACUGCGGCGGGGGCCUCUCUGGCCUCCCCCAACAUGACCACCGCCACUCUGGAGACCGAGCCCAGUGGUCGAACGGUGGCCAUCCUCCCUGGACUGCCCACGUCUCCUGACAGUGCCGUCUCAGCGUGUGGGAACAGUUCAGCUGUGAAACCAGACAAGGACAGUAAGAAAGAAAAAAAGGGUCUACUGAAGCUCCUCUCUGGCGCCUCAACCAAACGCAAGCCCCGAGUCUCCCCUCCAGCGUCUCCUACCCUGGACAUGGAGCUGGGUGCGGGGGAGGUGCCCUUGCAGGGAGCCGUGGGUCCCGAGUUACCGCUAGGGGGCGGCCACGGCCGGGCGGGCUCCUGCCCCACGGAUGGAGACGGCCCAGUGGUCUCCGGGACCGCAGCCUUAGCCCAGGAUGCUUUCCACCGCAAGGCCAGCUCCCUGGACUCGGCAGUGCCCAUCGCUCCUCCACCUCGGCAGGCCUGCUCCUCCCUGGGUCCCGUCAUGAACGAGGCCAGGCCUGUUGUUUGUGAAAGGCACAGGGUGGUGGUUUCCUACCCGCCUCAGAGUGAGGCGGAACUUGAACUCAAAGAAGGAGAUAUUGUGUUCGUUCAUAAAAAACGCGAAGAUGGCUGGUUCAAAGGCACAUUACAAAGAAAUGGGAAGACCGGCCUUUUCCCGGGGAGCUUUGUGGAAAACAUCUGAGGAGACUCCACGCCGCCGAGAAAGGACAACAUCCUAUCACAUGACUAAAGAGCACACAACGCAGUGAGCACAUCUGUGGACUUCCAGAUCUUGGAGAGCUGAGCAGAGGAUGGGCACGUGACUCCAGAGCCCCGGCCUGGUUACCCCAGCGGGCAGGGUGAGGGCGGCGCCUGCGGAAGCCCCGCCCCUCUGGGUUCUCAUGUGGAAAGCGUGCCUUGUACUGUCUGAUGAACUAUACAGAGCAAUGUCUUUUUUUUUUUUUUUUUAAAGAUGUAUAACUAAAAUGGACAAUUGUUUACAAGGCUUAACUAAUUUAUUUGCUUUUUUAAAACUUGAACUUUCUUGUAAUAGCAAAUUCUUUGGAUUAUGAUUUUUUUAAAAAAAAAUUAUUAAUUUAUGAAAUGAUGGCUAAGGAGAAGCUGGAUUCUCUCCUACUGAGAGCAAGAGAUUCUUUUGACGUAGAAUGCAUCUCCCCCCUCCCCUGCUCGCUGCCCUCCCCCACCCCUCCCCCGGUGAUAUUUUACUUCUUUUAGACAAAAAAUGCCAGUUUUCCAAACAGACAACCGAAUCAGUACCAGCAAGGACCUGGGGCGGGGAGACAGUGGCCCCGCUCCCAUCUGUCUGCUUUGAUCAGAAAACCAACCCGAAGACCUAAUCCUCGGUUUCAUUUCGUGAGUUUUUCAUUUUCCUAGAGUGGAGUGGGUGAAGUCAGGAGGAAAAUAAAAAAAGCACAACCCUUGGCUAAAAAUACGUGUUUGCUUGCUAACACCAGCUCAACGCGUUGGUUGGGAAGUAGGAGAAUCUGAAGCUGUAGUCGCGGUGGCUGUGUGUGAAUGACUUUGAAACGCAAUCCCCGGUUUCCCCUCACGUGACUACCUGCAUGCCCAAGACACAGUAAACAUUUGUGAGUCGGUGGUAAGAGGUGCGCCCGUGUUGACGUCAAAGGCUGUAAGAAACACUGUGAAAGUCCCCACUCAUCCAUCCAUUGUGAUCCCUCCACCAUCUUGCAUGUGUUACCGGAUUCCCACAGUGCUAUGGACUGUGCAUGGUGUGUGUGUUUAAUCAUUGCAGCUUUCACUCAGAAUUGACCGAUACAGGAGGUUUAAAAAAUAAAAAAUAAAAAUACACAGCAUUCUCUUUCCUACCCCACCACCACUACUGACCGAGACGUCUCGAGUGUGCCUGCUCGCUCUCUGGUGAAGCAUCCGUUAGCCAGCCCAUCCCGUGGUUAGUUAGCACGCUCUUUGGUGUGUGAGCCCUCCCAGCGGACUGAUGUGAAGGGCGAGUUUAUCCAGGAAGACCGCUCACUCCUGUGACUGUGUUCAGCUCUGCAAGGCUUGCUGGCCGUGGCGGUGCCCACGCCUUCCGACGGCGGCAGGGUCCAGCCGAGCCCAACUUUUUAGACCCAUCCUUUGCUGUCCGGUGGUGUCUUCUUCCAGUUUCAUCCCAGCCCCCGUGGGUUGGAGGAAAGACGGCCGGGUAGUGAAUGAGACUGUGCUACAGUUCUCACCUGGGUAAGUUAAGAAAGGAAAAAGUCAACAGACAACCAACCUUUUCCUUUUCCGUUUUUUUUUUUUUUUUUAACUUUAAGAAAAAAAAAGUAGCUGGGAAAUAUUGACAUGAACUCAAGAAUUUAGAAAUGGCAAGAGGUUCCAUUGUCUUAAAAAGAUACAUAAUGUGGUUGGAAGUGGAGUCAUUCCUGUUAACCAUUUUUUUAUAUAUAAAAACGCUGUAUAUUAUGUUCCUUUGUGUUGAAUUUUUUUUAAAAAAAAUACUUUACUUGGAUAUUCAUGUAAUAUAUAAAGGUUUGGGGAAAUGAACUUUAGUUAGAAAAAAAAGCUGGUAUCAGCUUUCAUCUGUGUGAGUUGACACCAAUGUGUCAUAAUAUUCUUUAUUUUGGGAAAUUAGUGUAUUUUAUAGAAAUUUUAAAAAAGCAAAAAGACUACUACAAGUUAAGAUGAUUUUUUUUUUUUACCUGUUUUUUCUCCAUUUUUUCAGCUAUGUGAUUGAAGUAUCCCUGGUAAUAGUUUCCUGGUUACAGUCUAAAGUUGGUUACAGUUUCAUCUGUUGGUAGAUCAUUAGGUGAUGUGAUGUAUGGGCUUUCUGUUGGGUUCUUGGAGACAGUAGAUGGAUGUUGUAACAAGGGCUUCUUACAGUGGUGGUAAUGAUAAAACGACAAUGUGUCAUUCCUUUGGUUAAUUUUGAGGACUGGAUAAAAGGUUUCAUUAUUAAAAAUUGAUGUUCAACC